GGGGACGGGGAAGGGGACGGGAUGCGUUCGGGAAGCCGGGCCCCGCAGCGCUGGGGCCGAGAAGCCCCGCUUUCCCGGCCGCUGGGCAGAGCCUGGGGUCGUUCCAUCGUACAGUAGCUGUUGAACACCUGCUGAGUGUGAGGUCUUUGGGGAGACCUCAGUGAACCAGGAGCUGAUGCUCCUCGGAGGAGGAGUUAGAGAAAUAAAUAAAAUUUGGGCCCGUGUUCAGUUCCCUGGAGACAGAGCAGGGAAGGGAACCCCGGGGCCAGAGUGGGGGCUGGAGGUGGGAAGAGGGCUACCCAUUGGCCUUUGGGAAUGACUUGGGCUUAUGUGACAGAGGGAAACAGGGAUGGAGGGGUGAUACGAUUAAUGAGGAUGGUCACAGGGGCGGGAUAUGGCAGUACUGGUUGGAGAGGAAGAGGUGGGCUGGAGCUCACAGGCUUCCACCCCCACCACAGUCCUGUCCACCAGCAGAGCCAUCUUAGCUGGAGGUGCAGUCUCACCCCUCCACCAUCUGCUGGAGUGCACACCUAGUGCAAGGCCUUGAACCCAGCAUCUCUUACGAACCUACAGAUCGUCCUCGUACCAAGCGUUUUGUCGGUAAACUGAGUCUAGAGGUGAAGUACCUUGUCUGAGGUCAUGCAGGAGGUGAAGUAACUUGUCUGAGGUCAUGCAGGAGGGGCCACUCUCCAGCUGGGACCGGUGCCAAAGGCUUCCUGGAGGUGGCAGCAUUCUUCACAGGAUCCGAGUCCACGAAGGCUUCAGAGAGUUUCAGAAGGACCAUGUGGAGGUGGGCUCCCAAGCAAGUGCAGCAGGCACCAGGCAGCCCCCAUCCCCCCUGCCUGGUGGGGGCCCCUCAGAAUCCCUGUACCCGCUGCCGCCUGAGCUCCAGCCCCCCACCAACUGCUGCAUGAGCGGCUGCCCCAACUGCGUGUGGGUGGAAUACGCAGACGCACUGCUGCGGCACUACCAGGACGGCGGGGAGCGGGCCCUGGCCGCUCUAGAGGAGCACGUGGCUGACGAGAACCUCAAGGCCUUCCUCCGAAUGGAGAUCCAGCUCCGUGUGAGGAGUGGAGGCUGAGCCACCUAGCCAGACACUCUCAUCCCGACAGACUCCUCCUUGGGAGGCAGCACAGCCUCCUUUAUCCGAGGCCCCUUUGUGCUGCGGGUGUCGCCGGGAAUAGGAAGAACUGUUUAUUGACUUUGCCUGAGAAUAAACAAGUUCUCAGUGGUUGUUAGAC